AUGCCAGAGGUAAGUCCUUUUUUUGAAGCUCUUCGUGCAUUCCACAUGUCACACCAAAUUAACAAACCCACUCAUCAAUCAUUUUCCGCGCGUCAGUAUUCCCAUUCGGUGUGCGCGCUCUCUUGUUUGUCCGCCGUCCGCCGUCCGCUCUGUUCGCUGAGGACAGCGAUCACCUGUAGGCCUCUAGCACCCGUGCGCUCGUCGGUUCCAUGGUGUAGCGGUUAGCACUCAGGACUUUGAAUCCUGCGACCCGAGUUCAAAUCUCGGUGGAACCUAUCGUUUUUGGAAGCUUAUUUGCAAACGAGCCACGUUUGAUUUUCGAAGCUACAUUUGGGUUAAUCUUCACUAGUGAACUAGUAAUAGCUAUUAGGACACGUGUAUGUUCUAGAUACCAAAAAUAUGCUCGUGUCCAUUCUUAUGUUUCAUAAACAUUCAAGUUUAGCUUUGACUCAUGGUCUCCAUCACUCGAAUUGUUUAUUUUUCCCGUCCAUUUGGCUCCAUUCUCGAGCACUGUUCUUGCCGCUAUUAUCCGUUCCCGCAAAGUUCCGCACACAACAUUCGCUGCAACCUGCUGCCACCAUCUCUCUUCUCAUUGCACUUGCGGCUAUUCAACUUCGCCGGUUCCAUGGUGUAGCGGUUAGCACUCAGGACUCUGAAUCCUGCGACCCGAGUUCAAAUCUCGGUGGGACCUAUCGCUUUUUUUAUAUUUUUGUUUUUCCGAACAAAUGAAAUUCGACACCGCCAAAACACUACUUCUAUCGUAUUUGGUGGCAGCGGAAGCGUGUGUACACGGCGAACCACUGUCGCUGCGUUUCUGUGUCGCUGUUCUGUUUUGCGGAUUCCCUCCCUCCUUUGGUUGACAUUCUCAAAAAUAGAGAAUGAGAAAUGGAGCCCCGGGGAGUCGGAUGUGACACUGUUCGAGAAGAAAAGAAAGCAUUGUGUCUUCUCGGAGAGCGUGUUCCCGCCCGUCGCGUAUGCUAAUCACAAAUCGACACGGAUGUGCUCGGCGAGCAAACGACGUCGUCGAGAUCUCUUUUCGGCCCCGGACAGCAGUUUUUGUUUACUUUUGCGGUGGGCGGGUCACUGAAAAUCUUCUGGAUGGGCUUCAGAAUGGAUACCAUUCUUGAAGACCUCCGAGUCUGUCGAGGAACCGUUUCUCGGACUGGUUCCCUUUCUCGUUCCUUAUUCUUCGGAAGUACAAUCGAUCUUAUUAAUUCGCUAAUCCUUUUCCUUCUCCCUAUUCGGUCCACUUCUUUUCUGAAAACGCCCAUUUCAGUGAGUUUACACAAGGGGCGCUAAGCCCGUUUUCAAGAAAAAGAAUCUUCCAAACAUUUCAGUCCGAUCUUGUUCCUUUCUCCCCCUUUCCCCCCUUUCCGAUUCCUUUUUCUGUGCCCAUCCUUGCUCAAAAUCGUUUCCUGUGCGUCUUUCUCGAAGGACAAGAUCGACUGGAAAAACAUGAUACAUCAAAACAUGGAUAGAAGGAGAAGAAGGAGGAGAAGAAGGCGUUGAAAAGAAACAAAUUGGCACCCCAUUCUCGCCCAAAACUCUAUUCCUCUCGCCCAUUUUGCAUAAAUCCCCUUAUUUUCAAUUUCGACACUUUUCAUAUGGUUUUCUCGUUUCGACUUCAUUUUCGAUUCAAAACUGUCUUGCUCAGUUCCUAUUGAACUUUCGGGUGCGUAGGCGGUCCUUCAUCCCGGAAACAUGCCGCAGAACCUUCCGGAAAUACGUUUCUCGGCCCUAUCGUUUUGUGCACUUUAGUUGUCUCAUUCGUGCCGUGUUGCCACGUUGUAAUCGAAUGUCACUUGUCCGGGAAUUCGAUUGAUUCGCUCCUUUAUCUCUUCUAUUUUUCGUCUUUUCCAUCACACUCGAACAUUUUGUCCGUUUGGAGCAUGUCCUACACUCACGAAGUCGUCCAGUACGCGCCCACCGAAGAAAAUGAGAUCCACGCGUUAAUACGCGGAAAACCGUCCUUCUGCAAGGCUAAUAUUCGUGUUAACACACAACAGGUAUACUGUAGUUGGGUGACAUGUGGAAGUGUGGAGAUUCUAAGGGGUUAAUGCAAGUAUUGUAGUUCCAAGAGCGACUCACUUACCUCGAUAAGCGCUAUGAUCACCUUCGGAAAAUGACACAUUCGCUGAGAAAGAAAGUGAACGAAUUGGAGGUGAGCAUACUUUUCGAAAGAUUUCACAAUUCUUCGGUUCAGGACAUAAUGCGAAUGGACAACGACGAGGAGAACAUGGAGACGAUUAAGAAGCUGCUCGAGGAGAUCAAAAGGGAGAAGCAGCUGAUGCGAGACGAGGCGCACAUCAUCAAGGGAGAGCUCUCGAAGACCAUGUACAACGAGGACUUGAGGUGAGCCCGCGAACGUCCCCGCACUCAGUGCUAACCGGUCCGUCUAACAGAUCCAAAAUUCUAAACUUCAUCGAUCAGUUCGAGUGUUUCUGGUACGAUGACAACGAGUAGGUUUUCUUGUCUCUCCGCCCAAUUAUUCUCGCUUCUCUCUUUUGUGACGUGGCACUUUCCCUCAGUUAUCAGUGGAGCGCACUUGCAAUCACGCUUCUUUUCUGCACGAACACUCGCCGCUGCUGCAUGUCGUUUCUGGUCCGAAACCUCGAAAGAACCGUUCCGUUUUCAGACGUCGAUUGGCCGGAGAAUGGAAGAAGAUCGACGCGGAACGGAAGAGCUCGGCCGCCGGCUCCGAAGCCUCUUCUUCGAUGAUCGGCGACGAUGACACUCCUUCGACGUCUUCCGAUGGCCACAAACCGUACCGAGAGACGAGCAUGUGA